AUAACGAGAGCGGCUGUCGAUGCGCAACACAAGUCUCACUCCAAGUCUUUGAAACAAGACAGAUAAAGGGGAGAGGGCUUUCCAUUCAUUUCGAGCGCAGACAAGUUUUUUUCUUUUUUUUUUUUAAAUUAAGUUCGUUGCGCGGGUCCGUUCACCAUUGAACCUACUACUUAUCUAUUUUUAAUUAUUUUGCAAAAGUGAAAUACGAGAGAGCGAGUCAUAAGCAGGUCAGAAACUCCGAGAGAACUGCGAGUUGGGAAGUUCGCUUCCCGUUGCUUUGCAUGACAUUUCUUCUAAGGACUCGAGAGUCUGACAGUUUCUUCACCGACCGUGUGGUGUGGGAUUUUGAGCUGAAACGGGGAGUCCUCAAAUGCAAAAUUACAUGUAUGAGAAAGCAAUGGCCCAAGAGACAAGGAACGGAGGAACCUCUACGUUAAAUACCAACAAUGGUGUUGACAACAGUAAGAAGAAGCUGCUAAUAGCGCUAGAUAUCUUCUGCCUUCUACUUGCUAUGCUGCCAACCCUGGUACUCCAUCGUACCUCUAUUCGUCCUUACCAGAGGGGUUUUUACUGCAGUGACUCCAGCCUGUACUAUCCCUACAAGAGAAGCACCGUACCUUCCUCAGUCCUCAUUUCUGUUGGCUUGACACUGCCUGCGGUGUCCAUUGUGAUUGGAGAAUGCUACAGGAUUCACCAGCUGCACGAAGGAACCAAGUCAUUUGUUGGGAAUCCCUACGUUGCAGCUCUCUACAAGCAGAUAGGCAUGUUUCUCUUUGGCUGCGCCGUCAGCCAGUCAUUCACAGACAUUGCCAAGGUGUCAGUAGGUCGGAUGAGACCCCACUUCCUGGAUGUGUGUAAACCAGAUUUCUCCACCAUUAACUGUUCAUUGGGAUACAUCACCAACUAUACCUGCACUGGGGAAGACAGCGAAGUACAGGAGGCCAGGAAAUCCUUCUUCUCAGGACAUGCCUCUUUUUCGAUAUUUGCCAUGCUCUACCUGUCUUUCUACAUCCAGUCCAGGUUUACAUGGCGUGGCGCUCGUCUCCUCCGCCCAUUGCUCCAGUUCACUCUGUUGAUGAUGGCCUUCUACACUGGCCUAUCACGCGUCUCCGACCACAAGCACCACCCGACCGAUGUCCUGGCAGGAUUUGUGCAGGGAGCCCUGGUGGCCUACUGCAUAGUGUUCUAUGUGUCAGACCUGUUCAAGCCAAGGGUGAAGCCGGCCACACCCCCGCCCUCUCCAAUUAAGAAGGAGCUGCUCUCUUCAUCUGACAUCAUUGAGAGGAACAACCACCACAACAUGGUGUGAGAGAGCCCAC